AUGAGUGUCAAUCAGAAGUUAACAAAAGAUGAGCAUGGAAAAGAUGUAGACCCAUGUCUCUAUAGAAGCAAAAUUGGAAGCUUACUCUAUCUCACAGCUAGCAUGUCAGACAUCUCUUUCAGUGUUGGAGUUUGUGUAAGAUAUCAAGCACCACCAAAGGAGUCUCAUUUGAAAACUGUUAAACGUAUCAUCAGAUAUGUUCAUGGUACUGUAGAAUAUGGAAUUUGGUAUUCAAAAGACUACAACUCACAUUUUGCAGGUUAUAGUGAUGCAGAUUGGGCAGGAAACAUUGAUGAUAGGAAAAGCACCUUAGGAGGAUGUUUCUAUCUUAGUAAAAACUUGGUCACAUGGUAUAGCAACAAGCAAAGUUCCAUUUCACUCUCCACUGCAAAGGCUGAAUACAUAGCAGCAAGAAGUUAUUGUACAUAA